UGAAAGGGAAAGAGGCGAGUGUCCGUUUCUCUGCAGAGGGCCCUGUCUGCCUGUCUCCCUCCCGCUGCCCCCGGGUGGACGGCGAAAUGUCCCGUGGGUCCAGCGCCGGCUUCGAUCGCCACAUCACCAUUUUCUCCCCCGAGGGGCGUCUCUACCAAGUGGAAUAUGCCUUCAAAGCCAUCAGCCAGGGGGGGCUGACCACCGUGGCCGUGAGGGGGGAGGACUCUGUGGCCAUGGUCACCCAGAAAAAAGUACCGGAUAAGCUCCUGGAUCCCAGCACGGUCACCAACCUGUAUCGCUUGACGGAGACCAUCGGCUGUGCCAUGACCGGCAUGAGUGCCGACGGCCGGUCCCAGGUGCAGCGCGCCCGGCACGAGGCUGCCGAGUGGAAGUACAAGAAGGGCUACGAGAUCCCGGUGGCGAUGCUGUGCAGGCGCAUGGCUGACAUCUCCCAGGUCUACACGCAGAACGCCGAGAUGAGACCCCUGGGCUGCUGUAUGAUCCUGAUCGGGAUCGACCAGGAACUGGGGCCCCAGCUGUUCAAAUGCGACCCAGCGGGUUACUACUGUGGCUAUAAAGCGACCACUGCUGGGGUGAAGCAGACCGAAGCGAACAGCUUCCUGGAGAAGACCUUGAAGAAGAAACAGGGCUCACCUGUGGAUCCUGUCGAGUUGGCAAUUACUUGCUUAUCGACGGUCCUCUCCACGGACUUCAAGGCCAGUGAGAUUGAAGUGGGGAUAGUAACAUCAGAGCAUCCCCAAUUCCGGACACUGAGCGAGGAUGAGAUCGAGCAUCACCUGGUCACCAUCGCAGAACGGGAAUAACCUCAAUGACCACCGAGUCCUUCAGGACAAGAAACUGCUUCUGAAAGGGACCCCUCGAAAGCCUGGAUCUUAGUUAUCACAUUAACAUGUAGAUUCCCCCACAGUAAUCCACUUACAACAGGGCUAAUGUCAUGAUAGCCUGCAGUGCUUUUUAAAAUGUUUAAUUAAGAACCCUCCUAGUCCAGUUCCUUCCUGACCCCUGUGACCGCUGAUGGCCUGAAGCAUGAGAUUUCUCUGUUUCUCUCUCUCUGUCAGGCCUUGUCUGUGUUAUGGAAAAAGGUGCAUUUAGACAGAGCACAUGCUUAAUCUUUAUGGGAUGUGUGUAACAUUAAGCCAGGGCAUAAGUCUUCGCAGCAGCGGCAAGCCCCGUAAAACCAAAUACUGUGUCCAGUGCUAGUGCUCACAACUCAAGGAGGACAUUGAUAAAUUGGAGAGGGGUCAGAGAAGAGCCACAAAAAUGAUUAAAGGAUUAGAAAACCUGCCUUGAA